GAUCAUGUGACAUAAUCUCCACAGCUGACUAGUUAUUAGUUGUUUACGUAUUAUUAUUACUAUUAUACAACAAAAUGGAGUGGAAAAUCAUUUUCUUAGCUGCUGUUUCUGUAUUUUGUACUGCCAGUGUCAGCUGCCAGUCGAAUUCGUCUAUGCCUCUGGUUAUUUGGCAUGGAAUGGGUGACAGCUGCUGUAACCCACUAAGCAUGGGAAGCAUCAAGAAUCUUGUGGAGAAGCAGGUUCCAGGCAUCUAUGUCAACUCCCUGGAAAUAGGCAGUGAUAUUGUUGCUGAUAUGGCCAAUGGUUUUUUCAUGGACGGCUUCGCUCAGAUCAAAAUGGCUUGUGACAUCAUCGCUAAGGACCCCAAGCUCAAGAACGGAUACAAUGCUAUCGGCUUCUCACAAGGGGGACAGUUCUUGAGAGCUGUGGCCCAGAUGUGCCCAAACCCUCCCAUGCACAAUCUCAUAUCUGCAGGAGGCCAACACCAAGGUGUCUAUGGCUUCCCGCGAUGUCCAGGAGACAAUUCUACUCUGUGUAACCUUGCAAGAGAGAUGCUCAACUUGGGAGCUUACGACAGCUUUGUACAAGACAAUCUCGUGCAGGCCCAGUACUGGCAUGAUCCUAUCAACGAAGCCGAGUACAAGCAAUACAGCAAGUUUAUCGCCAUCAUCAACCAAGAAAAUUAUGUGAAUCAGACUUACAAGAAGAACCUGGUGACGCUGAAUAAGUUUGUGAUGGUCAUGUUUGGUGAAGACACCAUGGUCGAACCCAAAGAAUCAGAGUGGUUUGGUUUCUAUGUCGCCGGGACCACCUCUAAGCUGUACACGCUGAGAGAAAGCCAACUAUACAUUCAGGACAAGCUUGGUUUGAAGCAGAUGGACGCAGCCAAUAAGUUGGUCUUCCUCACGGCACCCUGGGACCAUCUUCGCUUCUCCGAUGAGUGGUUUAUCGCCAACCUCAUUCCGUAUAUGAAAUAGAUGACUUCUGACCUCUGUCUGGCCUUUUGUCUGUCCGUCUGUUUUCCUCUCUCUCUCCCAAUCACUCUCUCUCUCUCUCUCUCUCUCUCUCCCUCCCUCUCUCUCUCUCUUCCUCCCUCUCUCUCUCUCUCUCUCUCUCUCUCUCUCUGUCACUCUGUCUUUGACUCCUUUUCACCACAUUUGUUACAAGAUGUUUUACCUUUUAUACUUAUGAGAGAUUGUGUUAUAAAUUGAAGGAUGGUAAUUUGAAUAAUAGUAGCCUGAAAGCCUGUUAUAACUUCAUGAACCAUGUGUGCAGUUGAAGAUCAAGAAUACAUGUAAUACAUAAAUGUACCUACGUUUUAAUUUGGUAAGACUGUAAUAUAGCAGUACAAUUUUAUGCAAUAAUGUUUAGUCAUAUUCCUUGCAUGUAUUGGUUAAUAUCGGUACUGUUCUGGAGUAAUUUUGAUUAUGUCAGCAAAUAAAAGUCAUAAAAUCUGAGUUAGUGUAUGAGGUAAUGCCCUUCUGGCUCCGAAGCAAACAAGAUAAUCAUGUACAAUGUUUGUUUUCAGUAUGAAACUGCAUGUUCAUGAGGAUAGAAUAAUAAUUGGUAUUUGUCAUAUCAUUUUCUUUUUUUGUUGGGGGGGGGGGGGGUAGAAUGGCAUCAACAUGGUGUGGCAUUCUCAUCAGUUAAGCUGGGACUAAGUCCAGACUAAGCAUGAAUUUUAGUUCACACUUCUAUGGAAUGCUAGGUUUCAUCUUCCUCCUUCAAUGUUCAUGACAAAGA